AUGCCGCCUUCACUCGUGGACGAAAACUCUUUGGAAGAUGUGGCUUCGGCCACGCUUGAGCCUUCAGAACAGGUCUGCACCCGCCCGAUGUCUGGGCUCAGUUCUUCAGAGAACAAGAUGCGUUCCAUAGAGCAAGUCCCUCAACAACAGAGAGGAGACGACACCGUAGGCGACCAAGAGCUGGAAGCCGCGGCCGUUCUCCAAACACCGCCGGAUGUGCCUAUCAUCCCACAAGCUCGGAGAUGCACCUUUGAGCAAUUUGUCAACCGCUUUGCUCCAGAAGAUGGCCGCUAUGCCAUCGAAUACCUCGAGGCCGGGAUAGAGCUCGGCUUUGAAAUGGCCAGCGAGAACAUGAAACGGCAUCUCGCCAAGGUCAAGGGGUACGAAGAUCAGACCACGGCCGAGUACAAGAGCAGACGAUUUGACGGCGGUUUGUCGAGCGGGGCCUGGCUCCAGGCUGUGCGUAUCCAAUCUCCGACGGUCCUCAAGGCCCUGGCCGAGGUCAGCGGGUACAACUGGGGCACUGAAGCGCACACGUUUAUGCGGCCGUACGGACAUCUCAUCCACUUCCAGCCGCAAAUCAGGGACAGGCUCGAGUCGCUUAGGGACGCGUAUGGACAGGAGCAGGAGGGGAACGCGGAUGGGGAUGCAGGCCGUCAAGAAGCGAUGGAGCAUCUUCAGUGCUACGUCUCGUUUGUCGAGGAGCACCUUCUCCCCCUUGUCGAUCAGUUCGCCGACGCCGAUUACUCCAAUCCGAAGCGGAUUCGAUACGAAGACUUGUGGUACCUCUUCAAGCCCGGCGAGCUGGUGUACAUGCCGCGAAGGACACUCGAAAAGCAACUGAACUCGAGAGGCAAUAAGGACGCCUUUGCAGAGAACGCAGUCUGCCAAACCGUCUGGAGGCUCGAGGUCUUCCAGCCUCAUAUGAGCGAUCUUGAGCUCCCCGUGAUUGGGAGGCCGCCAACCGACUCCGAGGCCAAGGCGAAACUCUAUUUUGUCGAUUUCGACGGCUCCUCCUACAAGCCUGUGCCCAUUAACGUGGUCAUCGAUCAUUUUGACGGUGAAAGAGACAUCCGAAGCUUGGCCGUAUUCCCAAUCCGAUUCGCAGCCCCUGACAGCGAAGCGAUUAUCCAAGACUGCCGAGAAUUCGGCCGCAAGUUCACUGAGUGCAUCGAGCAGCGGCACGUCUCAUACAAGGCUUGGACGCUCCUCAAUGACCCUCUCGGAUGGCGAGACGGGAACUUCGUCAAGGGGAGGCCUGCCAACAGCCCCGAGUUCAUCGACGGCGAGGUCAUAAUCGACUUUCAGGAAGCCUUCAACGCCCAUCCGUCUUGGAAGUACAGCUACGGCCUGCGGUCUGAUACGUGGUCCAGCGAUGUCUUGACGGUGCGCGACAAGUUCCCUAUCCUGCUCUGGUCGGACGCCUCGCGUGCCAAGCUGGUGUACGAAUGGUCCCACAUUGUUGUAUCGGACGACGACAUCGACUUCCUUGAGGGAAGAGAGUUCGGCAAGAAGCAUCCGUACGGGCCAAAUGGCCUCGACAAACCGCCUCCCGAAGAUCUCGUCCUCUUACCCCGGCGUCUGUGCGGCUAUGGGCUGCGUGAGCGCCGGUUCCUGUACCUGGACGUGAAAUACGUCAAGGUUGGCCGCGAACACGUUGACGCAUUCCGCUUCCUCCAGAUAGACCCCAAUAAUAGGCGCAUCAUCCACUGUCUCUUGACAGAUCACUUCAACACUAAACAGGCGAGGAAGAUGCGGGAGAUUGCAAGCCAGGACCCGAUUCCCGGUAAAGGUCACAACCUUGUUUUCCUUCUCCAUGGGCCCCCCGGAGUGGGCAAGACGGCCACCGUCGAGGCGGUAGCGCAGAAGUAUCGGAAACCCCUUUUCUCAAUCACAUCCGGGGAUCUCGGCUCUACGCCGGACGCAGUGGAGUCUUCCCUGACCGAGAUCUUCCACCUCGCCAAUGUAUGGGAUUGCAUCCUCUUGCUUGACGAAGCCGACGUGUUCCUCGAGGAGCGGGAGAAGAGCGACCUGAAGCGAAACGCAGUCGUCUCGGUGUUCCUGCGCGUCAUGGAAUAUUACAAUGGCAUUCUUUUUUUGACUACAAACAGACCGGGCCAGCUCGACGAGGCCAUCAAGUCUCGGGUCCACAGCGCACUCCUGUACCAGACACUGAGCCUCCAGCAAACCCUCGAAAUUUUCCGCAUGAAUAUUGAGAGACUCGAACUAAUCGAGAAGCAACGCCGAAGCAUCUUGGACCCACCCCAGGCAUACCUCCAGGCGGACAAGACGGGCAUCCUAGCCUUUGCGGAGAAGCACUGGCGACAGCACGAGUUCGACGAGCUCGGCCGCUGGAACGGGCGACAAAUUCGCAACGCCUUCAUCAGCGCCGCGGCGCUCGCACGCGGCGAUCUCGACGAGGUUGUCCAUGGCGACAACAACGGAGGGGCAGCCGCCGUGGUCGCCGUCCUCACGGAGCGGCACUUCCAGGACGUGGCAAACAGCGUCACGGCCUUUGACAAGUACAUGGCCCGGGCCCGCGGGGGCAAGGACUCAGAGCGCGCUCUCAACCGCUUCGACCGGCUGGACAACUUUGUCCUGGGCGCGGACGAACCGGAGACGCGGCCGCGGAACCAACGGGCAUCGCGCAAUUCUGACCUGGCACGUCCGUCUGUCAGGAAUGUCGGCGCCGGCGGCGCGCCGCACACGCCAACAUCUAGUCCCCGUCACCAUAAUCAUUAUGCGCCCGUCUCCCCUUCACCCUCGUAUUACGUCCAGCCUACGGCCCAGGGAUUAUCGGUAGCAGGCCAGCAAGCGCACGCGCUCGGUGGCGGCUAUAUGUAUCCUGUCCAAGGGUAUGGCGGCGCUGCGGCGGUUCACGUGCCUGCCUGGCAGGCAUUGCCGCCGGGACCCCAAGGUGGUGGUGCACAGGGCUCGCCGCCUGUGAUUCAGUUGCCUCCGCAUGGGCAACAGUUUGCCGGCGUGGUCCAGCAAGGCGGCAAUGGUGCUGCUACGAUGCCGGUCGGACAUAUUUCGGCCGGGGCGGCGCAACCGGCGCCCUCCCCUGGAACUCAGGAUGGUCCCAGCCCACAAACAGGUACGCACCUGGAGUGA